UCACACUGAGGGGAGAGCAGAAGGAGGGGGAGGCACUUAGUUAAAAAAAAAAUCAAGAAAAAGAAAAGGGGAGUAGAAGAGUCAGUCCAGCUGAGUGGAGAGACAACUUCUGACUUCUCUGUCGUUUCUUUGACUUUCCUUCUGCCUUCAAAGCCUCCGCAUUUUCAGGGAAAACACUUUUGAUGACUCCUUGACUCUCAAAGACUUUUACUUUGACUCUCUUAAACAAAACAUACUGUAAACGUUUCUGAACUUUAAGAUGCUGCUGGACUCUUAACAUUGACAUUAACAGCUUGGCAAAACUUAUUUUUCCUUUUUUCUUUUCCGGAAUCUUUCUUAUUAAAUCCAAUGGAAAAUUUAGCGAAGCAUUCCAGCAUUUAACUUCAGGACCUCAGAGAAAAAAAGAAAACAGGAAGGGCUAUCUGAAUGUCUUCUGCAGAGAUUUAAAGGAGCCUGAAGAUCACGCUACCAAGAUCAAACAAGUGUUGACGUGGCGUCCGAGAUCCCCAAGAGCCAAGCCAAGUAAUUGAUAGUGCUACUGGAGUCCUUACUGACAAACAUAGAAUAUGAAUCUACAGCUAAUUACAGGAUUGUUAAUGCUGUCAUGGACAGCUUCAUCGCAGGACCUCAACCAGACUACACCUGAAAUUGUCCUCAAUAUGUUUAGCUCUUUCUCAAUAAGCUGCUCAGCUGAAACCAUCACUGCUUGGAAACAUGACGAUCAUUUCAUUAAUUCAUCGCUGGAAUUUAAUGUCAACGAGUUCACUAAUACACUUACCCUGCAGAAUGUGACUGGGCAUAACACAGGAAUGUACACCUGUGUGUACAACGGUUCACAGAACCAUGAAAAACCAGAGGUGAAAUCCAUCUACAUUUUUGUACCCGAUCCUACUGUGGUGUUUUUGCCAAUUAAGGAACAUGAUGAGUUUGUGUUUGUGGCUGUGAACAGUAAAGCCACCAUUCCCUGUCGUGUUACCAAUCCCAACAUGAGCGUGACUCUUCAUGAGAGGGGUAAUGAUGAUGAAAUUCCAUACCUCUAUGACAACAAAAAGGGUUUCACUGGACUUUUCCAAGAUGUAAAUUAUUACUGUAAAGCUUCAAUGGACGGGAUUGAAGUUAACUCGAAUCCAUUUUAUAUCUACUCAGUAGGAGUGACGGAUGAACUCAAGGUGACAGUGAAAGCCUCAAAUAGUAUAGUGAAGAAGGGAGAAAAUAUUACAGUUUCCUGUACAGUGACUGAAAAUGAAAUUAUAAACUUUACCUGGUACUAUCCGGGUACCAAGACUAAUAGGCCGCAUACUAAUGAAAAUUUCAUGGGAAGUAAUUCAGUGAUUUCCCAGUUGACAAUACUAGAAGCCAAUUUGGAGGACUCUGGAAAUUAUACUUGUAUGGUGGAGGAGACACUACAAGGAAUGUUUGAGAUGCAAAGUGUUUACAUAGAAGUAAAAGAAAAAGGUUUUGUGACACUCGAUGCUGAAGAAACAGAACAAACAGCCGAUUUGCACAAAAGCAUAUCACUUGAGGUAUACAUCGAUGCUUACCCUCCACCUAUCAUUGAGUGGCUAAAAAAUGGUGCCUUGCUAACAGGAAACACCUCAAACCAAAUGAAUGUUAUAAACCGGAACAUUUCUGAGACUGAGUAUGCCAGUUAUUUGAACAUUGUGAGAGUGAAAGAAAAAGAUGGCGGUAACUACACCAUCAGGGUACAUAACGAGGACGAUGUUAAAGCUAUUCAUUUUAACCUUCAGAUAAACGUUCCAGUUGAAAUACAGGAAAUAAUUGACACUCACCCAGCAAGUGGUGGACAAUUAGUGAUAUGUGUGGGCAAAGGUAUGCCAAUGCCAAACAUCACCUGGUUCUUCUGCAGUGAAAUAAAAAGAUGUAGCAGUAAGAGGUGGGACCUGUGGAAACCCAUCGACCACAUAACAUCACAAAUGGAAUUUGAUGUUAACACCACUUAUACCCAGCCAGAAUAUGGAACGUAUCAGGUCAAGAGUGUACUCCAUGUCCGGAGUGUGGGAGAUUCUGUGUCAGUGCGCUGUGCUGGGGAAAAUGACCUUGGAGUUCAACACCACCGAGAUGUGACACUUGUGCCUCAUUACCUAACCUUCAAAGUCAUGCUAAUUUCUGCGGUUCUCGCCCUGAUUGUGCUGUUUGUGAUUUUCCUGAUCAUCCUUAUUGCUCUCUGGCGAAAGAAGCCACGUUAUGAAAUUCGGUGGAAGGUAAUAGAGUCGGUCAGUCCAGAUGGACAUGAAUACAUCUACGUGGAUCCUCUACAGCUUCCAUAUGACUCAAGCUGGGAAAUUUCAAGAGACAAACUAGUCCUAGGCCGAACACUUGGCUCUGGAGCAUUUGGCAGAGUGGUAGAAGCUACAGCUCAUGGAUUAGGACAUGCUCAGUCAUCUACAAAAGUCGCUGUAAAGAUGCUGAAAUCCACUGCUCGGAGCAGCGAGAAACAGGCUCUCAUGUCAGAACUGAAGAUUAUGAGUCAUCUGGGUCCACACUUAAAUAUUGUCAACUUAUUGGCAGCAUGCACCAAGGGAGGGCCAAUAUAUAUAGUUACAGAGUAUUGCCGAUAUGGAGAUCUUGUGGAUUAUUUGCAUAAAUACAAGCAUACCUUCCUCCAAUACUAUGCGGAGAAGAACCGGAAGGAAACUGAAGUCUACAGUAAUACCUCCACAGCAGAAAGAAUGUCGAGUCACAUUUCAGUUUCCAUAGAAAGUGAUGGCGGUUACAUGGAUAUGAGCAAAGAUGAUAUUUACUAUGUGCCAAUGCUGGAUCUUAAGGAUGAAAUCAAAUAUGCUGAGAUAGAACCUUGCAACUAUGGAACUACCUAUGAACUAGAAAACUACUCCAAUUCUGCUCCAGAAAGGACACGUUAUUCCACUGUAAUCAACGAAUCACCAGUCCUUAGUUUUACUGAUUUAAUUGGAUUCAGCUACCAAGUUGCCAAUGGAAUGGAGUUUCUUGCGUCUAAAAAUUGUGUUCACCGUGACUUGGCUGCAAGAAACGUAUUGAUUUGUGAGGGAAAACUAGUGAAAAUUUGUGACUUUGGACUAGCCAGAGACAUUGUGAGAGACUCCAACUACAUUUCCAAAGGCAACACUUUCCUGCCUCUGAAGUGGAUGGCCCCAGAAAGCAUUUUCAACAACCUGUACACAACUCUCAGCGAUGUCUGGUCAUUUGGAAUUCUUCUUUGGGAAAUAUUCACAUUGGGUGGAACACCAUAUCCUGAAUUGCCAAUGAAUGAACAGUUCUACAAUGCCAUAAAGCGAGGCUAUAGGAUGUCAAAACCAUCGUAUGCCUCAGAAGCAGUCUAUGAGAUUAUGCAAAAAUGCUGGGAUGAAAAGUUUGAAAAAAGGCCAACUUUUUCCAGCUUGGUGACUCUGACUGGAAACCUUUUAGCUGAUGGCUACAAACAGAGAUACAAACAAGUAAAUGAAGAAUUUUUAAGAAGUGAUCAUCCUGCUGUCGUUCGUGUGAGGCCUCAAGCAACUAAAAUAAAUAAUCCAGUCUAUGAGGGAGAAAGUAUUUCAAAUAUUCUAUAUUCAGCAGUACAACCAAAUGACAGUGAAUAUAUUAUCCCUCUGCCUGACCCUAAGCCCGAGGACUCCGAUAAUGUGCUGAAUGAGAACUCAGAAAGUCGACCAAGCUCUACACUGCAAGAAGGAAACACAUCUUCUACAAUUUCCUGUGAUAGCCCUCUAGGGCAGCCAGAACAAGAGGUCGAAAGUGAAGUCCAGAGUCAUACCCAGGAAGCUGAGCAGGUGCAUCAUGAGGAGGAGAGCUUCCUGUAGAAGAUACCGGCAGCAAUAAUCUUACUUCACUAUGGAACAUGGUACAAUGUACUGUAUGGAACAGAUAUUCCAACUUUAUGCAAUAAUAUCAUUUGGGACUUCUAUGUUGUGAAGACCAAAAAUAUCAUCCCUGAUCAAAGAUAUGCUCCAGUCUUGGGCACAUCCACAGUGCCAGAAUAUACCAAAAAUUAAACUUUUCUGGUCUGCUAUGAGAUCUAAGUGCAAUAUUUAAAAAUGAACAGCAAAUUGAUGCACUGAAAUGAGGAGAAGACCAUAAGAACUUUUUAAAGUGCUUUAAACAGAUGCCUAAAGUCCAUAGAGUCAUCUAUUUGGUGGCUACAACCAAAAUAUCCUUCCGGUCUGGGUGAGCCAGUUUUACCAGGAAGGGAAUAGACAGUUGAUCUUUUUUGCACGCCUAAGUGUCUCCACUAUUGCACGAGCGUUGCACAUUUGUAACCUUGCAACUAUGUAUGUUGCUCAGGAGACUUCAACAACCAUAACUUCCUUGGUCCCUCGAUCUGGAAAAACACAAUCUUUACAGCAGAGUGAUGGCGAUCAAUUAUACGUAUAGCUACAUCUAGGGUUGAACUUAACACUGCGACAUUUAACAAUUGCCAGAAAGGAUCCAUAAACUUGGAGCCAGAUGCAUUGAAGUUUAGGUGUAGCAACCUGUUAACCAGGCUCAAGUACAAGCAUAUUAGUACCAUGGCUGGUACCAUUGUUGCCAGUAGACCAGAUUGCUCUCAGUCUGUAUCUGACUAUAUAUAUACAUAUAUAUAUAUAUAUAUAUAUAUAUAUAUAUAACACACAGUUUAUAUAUAUAUAUAUAUAUAUAUUUUUAUUUAUUUUAUUUUUACUCAGCGCUAUAUAUACUAUCCAAGUUUGUGAAUAUAAUGGUGACGGCUGGACCGUACUCCAAAAAAUUAUGAGUUGAAAGUGAUUAUCACAGAAACAUGCAAGCCUUUUUUCAGUCUGUGACUGACAUGUCAGGCUAUGCUGUACUAUGCCUUUAUCUUUUACUUGUAUUUAACAUUUGCUACAAUUGCUUACAUUUUACACGCAUACUGAAAAAAAUAUACUGAUGUCAUGACAAUAUACAAUAGUUUAUGUAAGAAAUAUCUAUAUUGUAACUACAAAUGCAAAUUACACUGCCAGUUAUGUGUACACUGACACCACAUAACACUUAUAGAGGGUAGACAGCAAACACUAUAUAUCAGAUGGCUUGCAAGUGACAAUCAUGAACAUACUAGAGCAUUUUCAAUGUUGUGCCAGGACAGAACAGCUUUAUAGAAAAGUUCCCUCUAGACUGAUGCUUGUAAUGUGGACUCUUAACUAUGUAAUUUAUAGUAUUGCUGUCCACGUAUGUGGCAGAAUUGCAACCCUGCACCUCAUAGCUUUCACCGGUGAAAUAUAUGGUACAAUGCAAUGUUUCCACAUCAAGUUGAAAGAAUCCUCAUAAAACUAUGAACUUCUACAUGGGUACGAUACACAUUCCUUCUAUCUGAGGUCUUCCACUUGCCUCCAUAAAUUUCCUUGUGUCAUGUAAUAUGCAACUUUCUCCUUACUACCUUGACCACAUAAAUGGUCAAGUUACUGCUCACUCACAUGUCCUGUUGCAGUUUUAGUCAUAAUCUAAUUGCUUUCAGGGUUUUCGUUUGCCACUUUCUUUAAAUCUGUUUCAUCAGACUGAUGUGGCCACUCACUUGUUUGGGGUGAUACAUCCAUGCUCAGUUCGAACCAGGGUCCAUAUAUCAACAGCAGUGACAAGAAAGUCCUAUUCUGAUUAAUAGGGUCAUGUCCGAUAUACUCUCAGCUUUGUAUGGUUGCUUUGGCAGAUGUAGGACACAGCAGGUACAGUUUCUCCACAUCCAAUGCGUGGUUGGGCAUGAGAUUGCAACUGGAGGAAACUUUAAGAUUUGACUUUAACCUUUUUGAGUUUAGUCUGAGUAAAGACUGUUUUAUAUGGUGUGGCCUGACUACUCCCUGUAGCAAUAGCUGUUUGGUUUUGUAUCCCUAGACACUAUUAGGUGGCCAUUUUGAUUAAAUGAUGGAAACCUACAUCCAGAUAUGCCAAUCCACUCUGUAAGUCUCAGCCAAUCAGUAGAGUUGAGAAAAGUCAUGUGACACAACUGCAGUUCAGCUCUGAUUUCAAAGAGACAUGGAGGCCAUCAUUGCCCAAAAUGUGUGAGAGGAAUUGUUUUUAUUAUCCUCUCUUUAGCACUAGGGGCUGCUUAGGGUUUACAACUUGUCCCACUAGUUAAAUAUUUAACAGGUUGUUGUAGUAAUGCCCUGAUCUCAUGAGAACCUGUUCAGAUGUGAGGUCCCUUUGAGGUGAGACACAGUUUUGACCACCUCCCGGCCAGGAAACAGCAGAGUGCUCUGGCACUCGUUGUUUCAGUAGCUUCUAUUGCCGUGCAUGAGAGCUAUGGAAACAUUGUUGCACAGCAAGCUAUGCUGUUUCUGAGUUAGGGAGACACCAUAGCUUUCUGUACUAUACUAUUUCCAUGGCUCUUAUGCAUGGCAAUAGAAGCUACUGAAACAGCACUGGAGGGCUCUGUUGUUUCCCGGCCGGGAGGUGGUCUAGACUGUGUCUUAUCUUGCCUUAGUAAUGGCUAGUUGAGACAACCCCUUUAAUACAUGAAUAUGAAUCAUGCUUUUUCUGGUCAAGAAUAAGAUUUGUUCCUCCAGUGAGUCAGAAUUUCUUUGCACACUGACUUCCUGUGAAGAACACUGUGAAAAAAUAACCUGAUGACUCUCAGAAGAGUUUGAGUAGUCUCUAAUAUUAAUGCAUUUUUGCACCCAGGAACUAAUGCUGAAAAAAAAAUGAGUUACAUAUUCUAUUCUAACGUGCACAUUGUAGACCUUAAUAUGGAGGUUGUUCCCUGUUUUAGAAAAUGUAGUGAGAACCACAAAGUGGAGUUAUUAGUACUUGUACACAUGACAGACACAGAUGCAGAACCAAAAAGUUAGGACUCCAGUGCAUAACAGUGUCUUCUUAUGUCACAACAGGUCAUUUGGGCUCCUAGUACUAUUCUUCCCUCAAUGCAGUAGCUCCAUAAGAUAGCACCCAAUGACACACGCUAUAGCCCAUCUGAAAAAAAAAAAAAAAAAACUCCAUAUGAUAUUGGGAGCAUCCAGUGGAGCAGCAGAGCUCAACUGGGACGCUAUAUGGAGCCAUAAUAUACCUGUGUGCAUGAGCCCUUACCAACCAGAGAUAAAAAAAACUACUACAUUUUUCUAUGACAGUGAUUUGAUUAGUCACUACAGGCAGCUUCUUAACUUAUUCUUUGCAUUAGUCUUGAUUAAAGGAGCGUUGAUAUAGACUUGUGCUUUUCUACUAUUUUUAAUGGUACUUUGUCAAAAUCCAAGUUUCUAUAUUUUUGUUGGCUAUGGAGAACUGUAUAUGUUUGUAUCUUUUAGAAAAGACAAUGUGUGCCAUAUUAUAUUUUAAGUAUGUAUUCACUCUAUAGCAUUUUAAAUACUAUAUCAUAAUUUACAAUAUUAUCAAGAAAUCGUUAAAAGAAUAUAAUACAAAUUAUAGGUCACACUAUACAUGAUCUUUAUGCAAAUAGAGUAACAUUAAAGUAAAAUGGGAAGAAAAAACAUAUGUGGCAAUAGUUUUUACUUUAGCAUAGAGUAAUGAUUGCUCAAUUCUUACAACAGGCAAAAAAUAUUGUGCAAUAACCCACAAUGUCUGGGGACUGUUCUUGUACUAGGGUUACUGUAUACAUAGAGCUCAAUAUAUUUUACAACUUGUUUAACUACCCAUUAAAAUCAUGACAUCCAUAAGAAUCCAGAUUUGUGUUUACUUCUAUUUUCAGAUUCAAUGUUUUUAUUUUCUACCACCCUGAUCACAAUUCUAGUAAAUUAGUGAUAAAAGAUCAAUUUCUUUACAGUACAUUUACAUUUGAUAUUGAAUGUUCAGCAGUGAUUAUAAUAAUAAAAAAGAGACAAAAUAAAUCCAAUAUACUGCACAUGCAUAAAACUUUUCACAACAUGGAUGAAUAAAGAUUUAUAUUUAUUGGAGUGCUGACUCAUGUUCUCAGGCAGGGCAUCCUCAAACUAGCGGCCCUCCAGCUGUUGUAAAACUAUAACUCUCACAAUGCCCUGCUGUAGGCUGAUGCCUGUAGGCUGUUUGGGCAUGCUGGGAGUUGUAGUUUUGAAACAGAGACUUAGAUGGAAGAGGGCCUGACACCCUUUCCCCUCCUCAUCCACUUUGAUCAAUGGGAGAACACACAGCUCAGCUCAUUCAGUUUGAUUAGCUGAACCUAGUAUCCUGGCAAGGCCACUACACAAUGGGUGGGGCCUUCUGCUACCUUUUCCAUCCAUGGUGGGGUUAAACGGUGUAGAACCCCCACUGAUCUGACAUUGAUUUGAUAUUGAUGACCUAUCUGAGUACCAAAAGUUCCUGUUCAGAUAUGGGCUAAAAACACAUAAGCAAAAAAAGAUGGAAAAUGCAGUGGAAACACUGGAAAACAUACUGUGUAGCUGGUGAUUUGAUUCCUCUAUCUCUAUAACAAGGUUUAAAGGGGUUAUUCACCUUUGGGGACCUUUUCUCCAGACUAUCUAGGGUGCGUUAGGUCUCCCCGCAUCAACAUCCGGUUUGACACAUGCCACGUGGCUGCUGCAUCAAAUGAAUGGCCAAAAGAGUGACAUGUUACUGGGUCACAUGAUGCAUGGAUGACAUGUCACUGCUGCUGCCAGUCAUUGGCUGCAACGCCAUGUGACUCGCACCAUACCAGAUGUAGACCCAUGGAGACCCAAGACCUGCAGUGCCUACGGGUGAGCAAUGUAGGGAUCAGUUAAGUAUUACCACUGCUAGUCUGGCCACAUAGAAAAAUUCCCGGGGUGAAUAACCCCUUUAAGCACAGGAAAGAAGUGUUGUCACAGGGACCUAAGUGGCAAUAGGCAAUUUUAUUAAGCCAAUUAGUGGUAGUAGUAUUAGUAUUGGAAAUUAUAUUUGCUUUAAUUCACUGAAAUGUAUUAUUGAAUGUUAAAAGUAUUUGUGUAACAAUCAAAAAACUAUUUAAAGGGGUUUUUUGUUUUAUAUUUAUUGAUGACCUACCCUCAAUAUUGUUUAACAAGAUCAGAUUGUUGGGGUCUGACAGCCGACGCCAGAAACAACAGUGGACAGAGUCAGAAAGAGGAAGCUCAAUACACUGUAUAGUGGCUGUGCAGGGGUACUGCAGCUUAUUUAAAUGAAUGUUACCCACAUGGCCACUACACAGUGUACUACAAGAGCUUACUGUGGAUAGAUCAUCAAAAAUCGUAAAAACCCUUUUAAAACUCAUAAUAUGAUUAUUCUAACUAAAGAGAACCUGUCUGCUCUCCUGAUUGGCUAAUAAAACCAGAAUUCAAGUAUUUAUGACAUACUUGCAUUCUAGUUUACUAAAACUGACAUGUCAGGAGGGCAGACAGGUUCUCAUUAAAGAACAUCCUUUAUUCAUCAAUUAUCAUAAAUAUGCAAUUAUCACAUCAUUGACACAUGGUUAAAAAACUGGGUUUUGUACACAAUAAUUAUGUAAAUUCAUUACUAAUUUUGGAGUAUUCUGUACUGUAUACUUGUGCUACAUGUAUGUGUUUUUUAUACUACUAUGAUCAGGGCAAUUAGAAAAGAACACAUUUCUGUCUUCAAAAACAUAAACUAAAUCCAAUUGCCAUAAUUAUACUGAACUCUAUGCAUAACAUCUGUAUAUUUUUGGGAUAUAAACCUAAUAGUAAUAGAAACACCAUAUUGCAAAAAAUAACUUUUUGUGUCCCUCCUUGUUGCAUCUACAGUACACAUUCUAUAUUGUUUGUAUGUCUGCAUCUCUGUCACAAGUAAAGGAAUUAUUCUGUGGAUCAAAGUUUUAUAAUAAAGUAAAUGAUGUACUGA